AUGAAUAUACAAAUACCUCAAAUUCAGGCGGUACGUUUAGUUCUUCAUUGGUUUUCUGAAUGGAACAACUCUGAACGUGAAUUAUUUCUUUCUACAUUAAAUUGUCUCGAAACAGUGGAUCAUCAUUUAUCCACUGAUGAUUCAUUAUCCAUAAUAAGUGAAAUGAAUACCAAUGAGCAUGACAAUAGUUCUAUACAUCAGAAUAAUACUAUUGGUCAUCAAAUGAAUGAUACAUUCUUAGCGCAUUUAAUGAAUAGGAAUUUGCAAAUUAAUUCAGAAUUUGUUGAAAGAUCAGAUUCAUCAGAUAUAUUUCAAUGUCAAAUACGUUUAUUUCAUUUUUGGUAUCCUCAAUGGUCAUUAGAACAACGUGUUCAAUUAGUUAGUAAUUUAAAAGAUAUACAAUUAAAAUCAUUAAACGGAAUUUCGUAG